AUGAACAUUUUAAAUAUAAAAAAAAAAAAAAAAAAAUUUUCCUAUGAAGAAGACAGUGAAGAUGAGGAUGGAGAAGGGAGGCAGGACAACGAAGGACAUGAAGAACAGGGGACUGAAAACAACGCAUACGCCAAUGUGAAGGAAAAUGUUCAGUGCGACGGUGGAGGUGAUACAGCGGAGGCAGCAUCCGAUGCAGCUACCGACGCAGGGGCGGAGGAUGACUCAAAGCACCGCACAGUACCCGAAGGGGCAUCAGAAAAGGCCAGCAAUGAGGACAGUGAUGAGACACAUGCCGUUCCAAACAUGAACGCAGCAAAUGGGGAUGAUGUCCCUCCGGAAGCUGAGGAACCGGAGCAGUACCCCAGCGGUAAUAAUGAUGAAAAUGGGUUAAAAAAGAAAAAAAAAAAAUUGAGAAGGUUGAAAAAAUGCAGUGAUGAAAGUGACACUCAGGAGGCGGAUGAACAGAAUAAGGUUCAUAAAAUUAGUAAAAAGAAUUUUAUCGUAAAGAGUGUCGCACAUGAAGGGCAGGGGAAGGAGGAUGACGAUGGAAAUUACCCGCCUGAUGACUAUGGACACGAAACGGCCCCUGGGGGGGAAGCAGGGCAAGGGGGCAAAAAAAGCCAGAAGGAGAUGAAGAAGAAAAAAAAGCAGAACAAAAAGGCCAAAGAGGACAAGAAGCACGGCGCCAACUCCGAUGUGAGCUACGGCGAUGAUCAGGACCAAGAUGAAGAGGAGGAAGAAGACGAUGAUUACGGGGGAUACAACUCCGAUGACCACUCGGGCAGUGAACCAGACGAGGAAGACGAGCUCUCCCAAGGAGAGAGCGACGAGGAGAAAAAGAGGAAGAAGUCCCGAAGAAAGAAAAAGGCACGAGAGACUACCCAAAAGAAGAGCGAAUUAAAGGGUAACGAAUUUAAGGGAGAUAAAGAUGAAGACGACUCGGCACAAGUGAAGGACAGAAAAAAGAAAAUGAAAAACUCCAAACUGAUGGAGGACAUCAAGCCAGAUGAAGACAAAGUGAAAUUAAAGCUAAUUUGCAUGUCCUUCCAUAAGAAGGAAUACGACAUUGAGGAGUUCAUAAUUGAAAGCUUGAAGGUAAUUAUUCCCCAGUACAAAAGGGAGGUGUUCCUGAACCAACACAACAUAAUCAUUGACAAUACCAGCAGGGAGGAUUUGAAGAACCUCGAGGUUUUCUGGUUCGACAGGUUGACAAGGAACAGGCGCCGAAGCAUAAUUAGCUGCUUCACCACGUUGGGGAAAAUGGGCCUUGAGGGAAAAGCAACGAACGUGGGGGGCGAUCAUGAAAAUGUGAUGAGUGUUCCAGAAAUUGUGACUAGUGUGCCUGAAAAUGUUGCGAGCGCUUCCGAAAAUGUGACCGGCGUUGCGGAAAACGGAGGCGGAGGGGUCGCCUCAGAAAAGGGAGCUGGCCCGGUGAACACCCUCCUGGAGAAUAUAUUCACCAAGAAAAAGGACCAAAUAAUAGUGGACCACCUCGCUGCGCUCUGCACACAACAAGUGAAAUUAGUCAAGGAGUACAUCUCCUACGUGAGGAAAAAUAUAUUCGACCUAUCGUCCAUCUCAGAAAACAACGACAAAAUAAAAGAAUUGAACAUCCUAGAUCCGGUAAAAAGGAGGGAACUGUUCUUUUACCUUAAUUUAUGUAUCUCCAUGAAUUACAUUCAAGAGCAGGCCCCAAAUGUGUACGCUCUUCCAAAUGAUCUCUCUCCAGACAUUAGAGGAUUCAAUUUGCACCCCAUGUUCUCUCACAUCAAUAAAAAAAAAAAUGAACCAAUAAGAGAAAAAGUUGGAAAUCCUUGGGAAAAAUUAAAAUUAUUAAAAAAAUCCCAAAAGACAGAUGUAGCAAAUAAAAGUGGUGAGGCCAGUAUGCGCAAAGGUGAAGUGGCUGCACAAAUGAGUACAAAAAAAAAUGAAAUAAAUGAGGAGGAGCAACCAGAAGGGGAAGAAAAUGAUGAAAAAAAAAAAAACAAUAAACACACAGACGAUAAUGAAAUGGUUCACAAAAAAAUUCUCGAAGAUGAAGAAAAAAAAAAAAAAGCAUUAGAAGAAAUGAAAAAAAAAAAAAAAGAAAAAGAUGAAAAAAAAAUUUACAACGUGUAUUCUCUACUCGAAUCAGCUGCCCAGUAUUUUGGAGAAGGGCCAAAAUAUUCAAACCCUAAUAUACAUGAGUUCUACAAGUCCAAUAAUAAUCAGCUCGUUUAUAUCAAGCCACCAGGAAAUAUAGACGAGAAAAAUAUCUUAAUAAAUUACUUUUUGCAAUUUCCAAGCAUCACCAAAAAGCUAGAAUAUAAUAAAAGAAGAAUCUACGCUGAAAAUUAUGGCCUUGUUAAAAUUAUUAAAAAUAGUGAUAAUCUACCCGUCAGUUUUUCUUUGAAUACACAUCCCUGGCUGCUAGAGCCAUAUCAGGAGUUGUGGAAUGAGCAAAACAAAUUGAACAACUUUGGCAUUUUCAAUAUGGCCAAUUUGUUACGUGACGAUGAGGACGAGUUGUUGAGCUUCGAGAGCAACCAGUUCUCCCUCACCAGGGGGGACGCGCAAAAGGGAGCAGCGGUGAAGAUGGGCCCUGUCAAGAUAGAGCCGGUGAACAUAGACCAGGUGAAGACAGAACCGGUGAUGAUUGACGCGGUGAAGAUAGAACCGGUGACGAUAGAGGCGGUGAACAUGGACCCGAUGAUGGUAGACGCGAUGCAGGUAGACGCGCCACAGGACGGGAACUCCAAAUGUGACGCUGCCCAACAAGAGGAAUCUCCCCCCCUCGCCCCCAACGAACCGGGUGAACAUGCCGCCGCAUUGCCCAUCGAAAUAAAAAUAAUUGACAGCAAAAAGAAAAACGAUUUUCUCACCAAAAAAAUUAAAAAGUUCUGUUCCAAUGAGGACUCUAAACAGCUAAAACUGACGUCCUUUCUGAGUAGAGAAAAAGUCAGCAAAAAUGUGGAGGCGAUUAAAAAAAGGGAGAGCGAAGAAACAGAAAAGGAUAUGUCCACCGCAGGAGAACUAAGCAGAAGCGUUGACGCAAAGCAAAAGGAGGAACAACCGAGUAAAGAACCCCCUCUAGACAGUGAAAAAGAAGACACAGAAUACAUUAAAAUAAAAAAAAAAAAUAAGAGAGUAUUAGACGACGAAGCGAUUAAUGAGAUAUAUGACAGGCAGGAGGAUAAUGACAAGAAUAAGGGAUCCCACGUGGACCAAACAAAUGGAAAAGAUUGUGCACCAAGUGGGUCCACUGAGCAGGAGGGGCAGCAGGCCAACCAAGAGUUCUCCACUUCCAGUAACAAUCCUGACUGGGUUAAGGACCAUGAUGGGGCUCAAGACGAUCAUGGUGAGCAGCAAGACGGAAGUGUGCAAAUAAAAAAACUAAAAAAGAAACAUGUUCCUGGGGUAGACGACAUCGAUUACGACGCUGAUGAUGGCGGCGACGACGAUGGCCACGAUGACGAAAAGGAAAGUGAACACACAAAGGAAGAUGAGUCCAAGAACGAACAGGCAGACAAAACGAACAACCCCCUAUAUGAGGCUUUAAAGGAACAAUUGGCAAAGGAAAAGAAAAGGCUACGGGACGGCAAGAUGAAGCAGGUGUUCGAGUUAGAAGCAGAGGAGAGUGACGACGAAAAUAUUGAAGACCCGGAAGAAAGGAAGAAGGCGCAGCUGCUAAAGAGGAAGAAGGACCAGGCGGAUGACUCCGAUGAUGACGAACAGUACAACAGCGAGGGACUUAACGAAUUCAUAAACAACGAAGAGUACAACAGCGACAAUGAAGUUGUCAAACUUAAGCACAAACAAGAAAUGGAACAAUUGGAGGAAGACAUAUUUUUAAAAAAGUUCACCUACAAGGGGAAGGAAUUUAACAAUGAACUUACAAACAGAGAAAAGCUAGAGUUAGAAAGAGAGCGCCAACUACUACGAAGGAAGAAACUGCUAUUUGACAAAACAUUAGGACAUAUGAAGUUGAGUGACUUCGAGUCAGAUAGCAGCACAAGCAGUAACACCAGCUCCAAGAAGAGAAUUAAAAACACCAUGUAUGAACCGUUCACAGAACUUGAAAAUACAAAAUUGUCCAAGAGGAAUCAUCACACUGUUGGUGGGCCUUAUAAUGAAGGUGCCUUGAAAAAGGGCGAGUACCCCGCAGACUUAGAGGGCGAGCACAGAAGGAAACAGAUCUUAGAAAAAAUGGACAAUGUCAUGUACACGAAGGAGAUUAAAACGAACGAAGGGAAACGAAUUGUAAUUAAGAAAAAAAGGAAAAUUCGUUUCCACCAGGAUUUGUCCGACGUAACAGUCACCGAGGAGGAGAAUGUUGACGCAUACGAAAAAACGAAGAAGAAACCGAAAAAGGUAAAUACAAACUUGGUUGAGCAACCCAAGUCUUCAACUGUCACCAUUUCUAACAAAGGAAUUAAUCAUAAUAACAAGGCCUCCAUAAAAUGGAAUGACAACAUAAAGGACAUCAGCGAACUGGACACACCCACUAAUAGCGAGGUGUUUAAAGGGUUCAGGAAGGUCGAAAAUGCGCAGUGA